GAGACGAGACAUGAGCACUAUUUCACUUCUGUCAGUUUGUAUACAAAGUAGAAACAUCUUCACCUUCCUUCUUUUUACACACUGGUUAUAUACCCUGCCACUCUGAGUGCUUGUAUAUGUUUAUUUCUGGGUAAUUCACAUUAACAUUUAAUAGAAUGUCUUUCAGUAAAUUUAAAGUGCCAAUAUUCUACUUUUUAGGUUUUCCCUUUCCUUUAGUGUCUUACAAUUUCUUUGCACAUGUAAAGGUUCUGCAAAGUUACAAAGCACAAAAUCCUCAGAUUGAUUCUCUGCUCUAACUCUGUCACCAUGUUAAACAUGAGCAGUGAUGUCCACCUGCCAGCCCUCAAACAAAGCUUUGUUGUAGUUAAGUUGCAAUCCCAGUGCUCAGCUGUAGGGCCUCGGCUAACUUGUUAGCUAACAUUGUUGCGUUGAAAUGCUAAAAGCAUGAAUAUGGUGUAAAUUGUCUGAUAAAUAAAGAUGUGAAAAUAUUCUGUAAAACAGACACAAGACAGUUAGUGCAGUUGGUACAGCUGCUCACACAUCAGUUACUGAGCAGAUUUCAACUGUAUAGCAUCAGUGACUCGUCCAGAUUUAAAGUGGUAUCAGAACUUGUAUGUUCUGCGUCGGUCCAGUAGACUAGAUGUUUUCUAUUUAAGGUGGUGUCAGUAGAUGUAUGUUCAGUAGAGGAUUGUAGAAUUGGUUUCAGUUCUAUUUGCAGCUCGCCUCCUGAGAGGAUUCAUUCAUUAGUUAAUUCUCUGACCUUAAAUGUAGUUGAUGGACUGAUGGAGAGUAUUUAAACCAUCUCACAGAUGAAUCUGUUCACUCUCCUUUUCCUCUUGUUCUUCUUUCACUUUUUAUCUGAUUCCACUCUAUUUUUUUUUUUCCAUUUCAUCAUGGCCCCCAAGAAACCAGAACAAAAGACGGAAGCAAUGAAACUUUCUCCAGAACCAGCUAAAGAACCAGACUUCGACCCACACAGCAUCAAGAUUGAGUUCAGUGCUGAUCAGAUAGAAGAGUUUAAAGAAGCCUUCCAGCUGUUUGACAGAACUCCAGAGAAUCGGAUGAAGAUCUCGUUCUCUCAGUGUGGGGACGUGAUGAGAGCUCUGGGACAGAAUCCAACCAAUGCUCAGGUCCUGCGAGUGCUGGGACGACCAAAAUCAGAGGAAAUGGACAGUAAACUGGUGGAUUUUGAGACCUUCCUGCCAAUGUUGCAACAUGUGUCGCAGUCCAAAGACAAAGGGACGUAUGAGGAUUUUGUAGAAGGCCUCAGAGUCUUUGAUAAAGAGGGAAAUGGGACAGUGAUGGGUGCAGAGCUGAGACACGUUCUUGUUACUCUGGGAGAGAAGAUGACAGAGGGAGAAGUGGAACAACUGCUGGCAGGACAGGAAGAUGCUAAUGGAUGUAUUAACUAUGAAGCUUUUGUCAAGCACAUCAUCACCGGCUGAGUGUGUUCAUCACUUUGUUACAACAGAAUCAGCAGAGUGAAACAAACACACUUGUUGUGUAUUGAGGAAUCCAGAUAGAUGUUCCUGCUCCUGCUUCUUCACUCCUUCCUUCCUGAUUUAUUUCUGUUUUACUACUGUUCACCUUCAAAGAGCCAGUGUUUCAAUAAAACUCAUGAACACUU